AUGGACCCUGAGUACCUGAAACCCACCGGCAAACCUGCCCCAAAGUUGUCCGCCAAGUUAACGAGCGGGAAGCCGGCCACAAGGCCCCUGCCCCUGCCCCUGCCCCUGGCCCUGCCCCUGGCCCUGCCCCUGGCCCUGGCCGAAGCCUCCGGACAAGGACACUGGUGUUACCAGUCGCAGGUUAAGGCUGAAUCUUGUCAAGGGCCCUGGGAGUGGUCGGACCUCUCGGACACCCAGUGCAACGGCUCUGAACAGUCGCCGGUCAAUAUCUUCACGGCCCAGGUCAAGCACAACGCCUCUCUGGGGCCCUUCUCCUUCCAGGACUACGACAAGAAGCAGAACUGGACUCUCAAGAACAAUGGGCACUCGGUGGAAGUGACGUUCGAACCGCUCAGGCUGUCGGGCGGGGGUCUGCAGGGGACCUACAAGGCCGUCCAGUUCCACCUGCACUGGUCGGACUCGGUGGAGCAGGGCUCAGAGCACACCCUGGAUGGGGAGAGGUUUGCCAUGGAGAUGCACAUCGUCCACAUCAAGGAGAAAUUCCAAACCGUGACGGAAGCUUCGGAGGGGGAUGACCGGGAGGGCAUCGCCGUGCUGGGGUUCCUGGUCAAGAAUGGGUCUGAAAACCCCGCAUUCGGAAAUUUAAUCAGCUUGCUAAAGAAGAUCCAGGAGAAGGAUCAGUCGUCCUUGCUGCCGGAGGUCCGCCUGUGCGACUUCCUCCCCAGCGAGGACAAGCUGAACAGAUACUUCCGCUACCUGGGCUCCCUGACCACGCCCGGCUGUCAGGAGAAGGUGAUCUGGACGCUAUUCAAGGAGCCGAUAGAGCUCGACGAGAAUCAGAUCACCUCCUUCUCCAAGACGCUCUUCUACGACAGUAAGAAAACAAUGCCCAUGAAGGACAAUUUCCGGCCCGUGCAGAUCCGGGGGCGACGCGAGGUGCAGGUCUCGGGGGCCGGGUCCCUGCUCCCCUCAGCCCGGGCCGCGACCCUGGCGCCUGCCCUCACCAGCCUCUUGGUCUCCCUCCUUCUCUGAGUGGCUCCGCGCCUGGACUCCAUCCCCGGACCCUGGGACUCUCCAGCCCAGAAGCUGAUGGGGAGAACCCCGAGUGGGAUUUCUACUGGUUUAUUUGGGAAGAAACUUCCCCACGGCCCCCACCGUCCCUUUCGCUCGGCCUCAUCCUUCUGGGGCCUGGGGCUGGGGGAGCGGCCCGGGGUUUGCUCCCGGGGAACUGUGCUGAGCUAGCCCCCAGCCAGCCAGUCAGCCCCUCGAGCCCGAUGGGUUCCAUCCCUUCCCCGGCCUGCACAAGACCCCAACGUGGGGUGAGGCCCCUUCCCCGUAACUCAGGGUCAAGGGGGUGGCUCCCAGCCCCCUGCCCCCCAGGCACAGCCUCCCCCAUCCACUCUCACAUAGGAUAUUUGGGGUGCAGGGAGCUGCAGGGGGACUCUGGCUGGGGCCCAGAGAAGUGGGAAGUACUGUCAAUAAAAGCAGAUACAGUUGGCA